CCUUUCUCGAAAUCUUCAAUCUCUUCUUCGUUUACUUUCCACCCACCCUACCAAACAAAAAAAAAAGACUUUUAUUCAACACUUCUUUCUCUUUUCACGAGAAAAAAAAGUCACUUGUGCUUCCUCACUGGUUCUACGAUCAACGCAGGAACCUGCCAUUCUAGUUUUCGCAGUAUCUAUUUAGUCACCUCCCAGAUUUUACCCCGCCGUUGCAGGGUCCUGCGAGCGCCCUGUUUAUUUGCGCCCCUCCCUCAGUAGCAUCAACUAGUCCGUCAAAACAAACUUCCAUCCCACAGGACCGCAACCAUGGCCGAGCGCUACAUCCCCGAGCACAGGCGCACUCAAUUCAAGGCGAAGAACACGUUCAAGCCCGAGGAGCUACGCCGCCGCCGAGAGGAGCAACAAGUCGAGAUCAGGAAGGCGAAGCGCGAGGAAAACCUUGCCAAGCGCAGAGGAAUUGGCACAGGCGCCGACCGUCCUGGUGCUUCGCUCGGUGCUGCUCCUGACAGCGACGAUGAUACCGCUCCGACAGAGUCUCAGCUUAACGAGGACCUCCCUCAGAUGGUACAAGGUGUCUUUUCCGAAUCAAUUGAUGCUCAGAUUCAGGCAACAACCAAGUUCAGGAAACUCUUGUCCAAGGAGCGAAACCCUCCGAUAGAAGAAGUUAUCAAGACUGGUGUUGUCAGCCGUUUCGUCGAGUUCCUGCGUUCGCCACACACCCUUGUGCAGUUCGAGGCUGCUUGGGCCUUGACCAACAUUGCCAGCGGCUCAGCAACACAGACACAAGUUGUUAUCGAAGCCGGUGCAGUCCCUAUCUUUGUCGAGCUCCUCGGCAGCCCUGAGCCUGAUGUGCGCGAACAGGCUGUCUGGGCUCUGGGUAACAUUGCCGGCGACAGCCCGCAAUGCCGUGACUACGUUCUUAGCUGUGGCGCACUGAAGCCCCUGCUGAACUUGCUUGGCGACAGCCGCAAGCUGAGCAUGCUUCGCAAUGCCACCUGGACUUUGAGCAACUUCUGCCGUGGAAAGACUCCUCAGCCUGAUUGGACAACGAUCGCACCGGCCCUCCCUGUUCUCGCCAAGCUUGUUUACUCUCUCGAUGACGAGGUUUUGAUCGAUGCAUGCUGGGCUAUUUCGUACCUUUCGGAUGGCUCCAACGAUAAGAUCCAGGCUGUUAUCGAGGCCGGUAUUCCCCGAAGGCUUGUCGAGCUGCUUAUGCACGCGUCCACCUCGGUCCAGACUCCGGCCCUGCGCUCCGUCGGUAACAUUGUCACCGGCGAUGAUGUGCAGACGCAAGUCAUCAUCAACUGCGGUGCUCUGCCAUGCUUGCUCUCCUUGCUUGGAUCCAACAAGGAUGGCAUCCGAAAGGAGGCGUGCUGGACCAUCUCUAACAUCACCGCUGGUAACUCGGCGCAGAUACAGUCUGUUGUUGAUGCCAACAUCAUCCCCCCGCUGAUCCACCUCCUGUCGAACGGCGACUUGAAGACGAGAAAGGAGGCGUGCUGGGCUAUCAGCAACGCUACUUCUGGUGGCCUGCAGAAGCCUGAUCAGAUCAGGUACCUGGUUGCUCAGGGCUGCAUCAAGCCUUUGUGCGACCUUUUGUCUUGCCCCGACAACAAGAUAAUCCAGGUUGCUCUUGACGGCCUUGAGAACAUCCUCAAGGUCGGCGACCUUGACAAGCAGGCCGCCGGCGAGGGUCAGGACUCUAUCAACCGUUACGCCUUGUUUAUCGAGGAGUGCGGAGGCAUGGAGAAGAUCCACGAGUGCCAAACCAACGCAAACGAGGAGAUUUACAUGAAGGCUUUCAACAUUAUCGAGAAGUACUUCUCUGAUGACGACGAGAACGCUGACGACGCGGCACCGGCUCAAGGUCCCAACGGCACCUUUGGUUUUGGCAACCCAAGCGGCGGCCAGCAGCAGAACCAGUUCAGCUUUGCCAACGGUGGCGAGUCGAUGGACAUGUAAGAUGUCCACGGCAUGUUCGAAUAAAGGGAGUGCUGAACCUCAGCCCAAAUUUUCGACCCCUUGCCAGCGCUUGAAAGCACGGGGCAAGAAAACCGCCCAAUGUGUAUUUCGGCCACUUGGCUACCAACAACCCCCAAAAAAGCCCUCCUGCGAUGAGAAGGCAGCAACGCCACUCUCAUUAUCAGUCACACCAAUUCCCCCACAACAUCGCACAACCCGGCAUACGUCGUCUGUUGGCUUUGGAUUCCCCCACACCCAUACCACUACACCUACCCCCUGGCGUUUUAUUAGGAUUUUUUAAUGUUGACGUGGAGCAUGCUCGACGUUUUUGGCAUGAGCCUUGAGGGUCCUAUGGUAGCUUGAAAGCUCCAGCCCGUUUACCUACUAUGCGAAAAAAGACGCUACACGUGAUAUUAAUGCAGGACAGAAAGAAGGGUCUGAAUGGUUGCUUUAAAGCUCCAACCCUUGAGAAGAGAGGUUUAAAUGUCGGGCCCAGUAAGAUCUACCUCGGUAGGAUGAUCUGCGUGGUAGGCGGACCUCUAUCGCUCUUGUGAUCUGAUGACGAAACGACGCACGAGGGGAAGAUCGGGUCACGAAAUGUGAUCAACGACGGUGAAUAUCGUGCAUUGAGUCGGAAGAACGGGCGGUGGGCGAGUCUCGACUGGCGGAAGCGGUCGGACGAGGAGAACUGGAAGGCGGCGUAAGGCCCAGAUGUAUGGGCACGCCAAUCAGAUCAUUGCUAGUGCAUGACUGACAGCCUUGGCUCGGCAGUGGAUGAAAGAGCACACGAUCGGUGUGGCGUAAUCCUCGGCAGAAAAAGUCACAGCCAAGUGGCUUGUGGCAAGAUUGAACUAUAGCACGACAUAUCUAGUUUUCAAUCUCUAAUGGGGACCGCGACACUAAUCAAGAUGAUUUUGUACAAGCUUCGCUGCCAUGUGACAUCUUUACCGCGUGAUAUUAGGAUUGCCAUGGUGGUUUCUCUGAGCAAGAGUGUAUUUUGUCGCACCAAAUUCGACUUAAUCGAGUACCUAGGUAAGGUAGAUAGGUGCUUAUGAAACUUUUGUCUAUUCCGUG